AUGGGGGUGCCGACACCGCUGUCUGGCCAUGUGCCUAUGAACCUGAUAGAUGUGUCAGCCGGAAGUGUGAGUGAUUUGGAUGAUCACUACCUUCCGCCUGAAUGGAAGGUUGUGGAUGUUGACGGUCUUAGAAAUGUUGGGUUUGGCGAUAUGCGGGGUGUGCAUUAUCGUUCAACCACGAAGGAUGUUGACUCUUUGCCACCGUGUCGUGAUCAUGGUGAUGGGUUUAUUCGGCCAAAAUCAUGGCGUUCUCUUGGUGUUCCGUUGAACACGCUGUAUAAGAGAAAGGCAGAUAAGGUUUUGCCGAUGAAUGUGCCAUUGAAGGAUGGGUCAGUGCCUGAGGGUAGGCCUGAUUGGCAGAGGAUCUGCUUGGAAAAGUACCACACGCGCUUUCGAGCCCCUGAUGUCAGGACUAGGUUUGAUAAGUACCUGAAACCUCGAAUAGCGGAGUUCGCGCGUGGUGCGAGAUUGACGCCAGAGAGAGAAGGUGCUAUGAUUGUGGGGAAGGAUUUGAUGCCAGAGGAGAAGGAAAUGCUUCGAGAGCUGUUGUUCAAGCGCGAGGGUGCGCUUGCCUGGUCUUGGGAGCAUAUGGGAAGAGUGCGAGAAGAGGUCUAUGGGCCUCAGGUGAUUAGGACAGUGGAGCACGAAGCGUGGCAAGAGCCAGGAUUCAUGGUUCCACGGGCGCUACAUAAGACGGUGAUCGAGAUGCUGGAAGAUCGAUUGAAGAAGGGCACCUUGGAGCCUUGCCAUGGCGCAUAUCGAAAUCCAUGGUUCUUGGUGAAAAAGAAGGCUGCGAAGAAGUUCAGAUUGGUGAUUGCGGCGAUGAAAUUGAAUAGUGUCACUAUUCGUGAUGCGAAUAUGCCGCCUAACAUUGAUGAAUUCGCAGAAGAUUUCGCAGGGAUGCAGCUUUGCUCAGUUGUUGAUCUAUUUUCAGGAUAUGAUCAGAUCACAUUGGAUGAGCGUUGCCGGGAUCUGACAGCAAUCAUGACGCCACUCGGUCUUCUCCGUGCGACCACUAUCCUGCAAGGUGCCGCAAAUUCGGUUCCCCAGUGUCAGAGAGUGGUUCAAUUCGUGCUUUCAGAGAUUUAUGGUUCAGUGGUUGAGGCCUAUCUUGAUGAUUUCGGUAUCAAGGGGCCAAAGACAGACUAUAAUGGCGAGAUGGCGCUACCAGGCGUUCGGCGCUAUGUGCUCGAGCACCUCCAGAAUCUUGAUCAUACUCUGUAUCUGCUGGAGUUGGCCGGGAUGGUUAUUUCGGCCGAAAAAUCGCAGUUUGUGAUGCAAGGUGUUGCUGUCGUUGGUUGGAUAUGUGACGCCAGUGGGCGUCGCCCUGAUGAAAUUAAGGUGGCUAAGUUGGUUGAUUGGCCAACGCCAACAUGCGUCUCAGAGGUGAGGUCAUUCGUUGGCCUCGCUGUUUACUUUCGCGUUGUGAUCGCUGGUUUCGCUAUGAUCAUAGCCCCGCUUUAUAAACUGAUGAAGUCGGGUGCCCAUUUCCAAUGGGGCAAGGAGCAGCAGCAGUCAUUUGAUGAGACGAAGCGGAUAUUGUCGACAUUUCCGGUUGUCCUGCCAAUUGAUUAUGAAUACGACCCACUAGUCAUAGUGGUGGCAGUUGAUUCAUCAGCCAGUGGAUGGGGAAGUGUGAUGAUGCAAGUGCGGAGUGCUGUUAGGAAGCCAGCACGUUAUGAAUCAGGCAUGUGGUCUGAAACUGAAAGAUUUUAUGACGCGGGGAAGCGAGAGUGCCGAGGUGUUCUGAAGGCGUUGAAGAAGUUCAGACAUUGGCUGUAUGGUGUCCAUUUCACUCUCGAGAUUGAUGCGAAGACGUUGGUGGCGCAGUUGAACAGGUCAGCAACGGACCUGCCUGGCGCAUUGGUGACUAGCUGGAUUGCUUGGAUUCGCCUGUUUGAUUUCGAUGUCCAUCAUGUUCCUGGCCGGAAACACGGCGCUGCUGAUGCUCUUUCAAGACGGCCAUAUUCUGCUGAGGAGAUUGCCGAACAAAAGAACGAAGAGGAUGUUGAUGAAUUUAUUUUGGCCGAAAUAAGCACCCUCAGGGUGAUGAUGAAUCCAGUGGAGACGUCUAUCGGUGGACAAUUAAUGGACAGUGUUGAGGAUGAUGUGGGGAACGUUGAUGUUCAUGUUGGUGAGAAAAUGAGGAUGAGAAUGUUGGAUGAUUCAUAUUCAGAUGAAUCAGAAAAGAUUGCGCAGUGGUGCGUUUCGAUCAGGAGGCCUAGUGGCAUGUCCCCUCGCCAAUACAACCACUUCAAGAAGCACGCCAGCAAUUUCGUGGUUCAGGGAGAGCACCUUUUCUAUAGGGGGAAGGGCCUGAAUAUGCCACUGCGUCGUGUUCUAGAUGGUGAAGAUGAUCGAAAGCGUGUCGUAUCUGAAGCACAUGAUGGAAUGGGGCAUAAAGGUCGUGAGGCGACAUAUGCACUGUUGAAGAUUCGAUACUGGUGGGAGGGGAUGUACACCCAGGUCGCUGAAUACGUCCGAGGAUGCCCAAAUUGCCAGUUUCGGAACCCCAUUCGCGUGGAAGAACCGCUACUUCCAAAUCGAGUGCAGAAUGUGUGGGACCAGGUGUUCAUUGACACUGCAGCAUUGCCUGACGAAGAUGGUUACAGAUGCAUGGUUCAGGCAAGAGAGGCGUUAAGUGGAUGGGUGGAGGCGAAGCCGCUGAAAGGGAAAGCGACCGGCAAGGCAGUUUGUGAUUUCAUAUGGCAGGACAUCAUUUGCCGCUAUGGAUGGCCACUUCGUAUCGUGAUGGAUAAGGGCCCUGAGUUUCGUUCGGAAGUGCAGCUUUUUCUGCAGGCUAAGGGCAUCAAGAGAGUGGCAAUUGCACCCUAUAAUGCCGGUUCGAAUGGUGCCAUUGAGCGCAGCAUGCGAACAUUUAAGGAUGCCAUCUCGAAGAUGACACAUGGCUAUUCAGCAGAAAAUGCUGCUGGAACCACAACAGCUUCCCAGCGUUCACGAUCAGUUCGCAUUCCCCCACCUUCCUGGCGAGCAUGUUUCUAUGCUGCGCUAUUAGCUGAUCGUAUGACAGUGUGUGCCACUACUGGUAUGACACCAUUUCGAUUUCUAUUUGGAAGGGAUGCCAUUCUGCCACUUGAGGCAGAAGUGCCUACAUGGUCUACAUUACCAUGGGAGACGAUCACAACACGGGAAGAUUUGAUUAGUCUCCGAGGACGCCAGAUCUUACAGCGAGAUGCCGAUGUGGAAGAGGCCAUUCACCGAUAUGAGAGGAUGCGAGAGAACAAUAAGGCCUAUUUUGAUAGCCAGAAAAGUGUCCGAUCUUCACCUUUGGAGGUCGGAAACCUGGUGCUCUUACACGACACGCAAAUGAAGGAGAAUAUGACAGCCGUGCAGAAGCUGCGUUAUCGGUGGCAUGGGCCUUACCGCAUACGUGAAGUGCUAGGCAAUGGCGCCUAUGCAUUAGAAGAAUUAGAUGGAACGCCAAUGUUCCAUGGAUUCUCGGCUGGAGAUGGAAUGCGACAUCGUGCCGUUAAUGGCGAUCGUUUGAAAAGAUUCUGGCUACAUCGUGAUGCUGGCGUUCGAGAACAGUCAUUUCCGCCAGUGACAGUUGAGAUGGACAAUAGAGGUCUAGAUCUCAGCCGACAGCGGCAUGCCGAUGCUAGCGUUGAAGAUGACGUCUCUGGGGACGAUGUGAAUGAUGGAGAUUAG